AUGGCUUCCCCCCUCCCCACAGAAGAGCUCACCGAGAUCGUCAAGAGCACCGUCGAGGCAGCGCUCGCUUCAGCAGAGAAGUACGAGCAUGAGAAAGUAGCAGACUGGAACACCGCCAUCAUCAACAACCUCCUCAAGACCUUAAUCGAGAAGACCACCCCCACCUCCGAGGACGCCUCCAAGCCGUCACAACCCACCUACAAGUACAUUGCCCACAGCACAAUCAUCCAGCACCCGGGCGCGCCCUCGGAUGGUGGCGCCGCCGGCCGCCGCGGCAUGCACAGCGCAGUCGGCGCCUUCUGGAACACAGAGAAGGAUGGAACGCUGAGCUACAAGUGGGACGGCGCGGAGAAGAAGGGCAUGGACGUCGUGGUCAGUGUGAACUGGGUCGGUAUCUAA